CUGACAGCAGCGGGAAACCUCAGUGGAGCUCCACAACCUCGGUCUUGGAUUUCUACAUGUGUGUAAAUCAGAGGAGACGCUUGGGACUACCUGCUUACAUUGAGUCAUUGUCUUUGGAUAUUUCUGCCCCUUAAGACGCAUCCGCACACUUCUGUCUCGUGGUGCGUGUGUGUGUGUGUGUAUGUAUGUGUAUGUGUGUGUGUGUGCUUUUUAUGUGAGCUGCUGGGUAAUAAACUGCACGCCUGAGGCAAGGCUCGACACAAAACUUGAAAGAGGGCUUGACAACUUUGGAGAUACGCUACAUCCAAGGUUGAACAUCGUGGUGAGUUCAUGUGGUUGAUCAUCUGACAGAAGAGGACAGUUUCUCUGGAAAACUUAAGCGGAGGUUCUUUGAAACAUGGUCAGCAAAUGCUCCGUGGUGUUUUUGAGUGUCCUCUUUCUUGUGCGUGCGCUCUCGGCUCACGAGUGCACGCCGUGCAACCUCCGGACUUGUCCCUUCAAAUCCCCGCUUGCUUGCGAAGGUAAUCGGACGCCGGCCAAGGAUCCGUGCGGAUGCUGUGAUCAGUGCACCCGGCUGGAGUGGGAGCCCUGCGGCGGCCAGGACUGGACGCACGGCUACUGCGCCCUGGGACUGACCUGCGCCUCUGUAAACAAAACCGGAGCUGCCACUAUCCCUGAAAUUGGAGUAUGUAAAGUACUCCCUGACUAUCCAGACGCAGGUCUCGAGGAUGAGCGCUGUCCACUGAUGACAGGCUGCGACAAAACAGGAGGUCAGUGUGUGUGUGAUGCCCGUCACUCCUGCUUGGGCUCGUUUACCUACCCAGACCAAGAAACCUGCAUGAAGCCCACUAAGUCAGAUGGUCGGAGGCACGAGCAUCGGGAAAAGCACAGAGAGAAGUAUGUGGGACCAUCCAACCCAGCUUGUAUGUUCUCUGGCUGUAACCUGACCACUGAGGGCUGUGUGUGUGAGUCUCAGAGCUGCCACCACCACUUCGCCUACAUCAACCGCAGCCAGUGCCAGGAAGCUGCAGAGGAGAUGAGGUGUGCUGGGGUGAAAUGCCCCACUCUGCAGGUGCCCUCUUGCCCCGAGGGUUCAGUCCUGACCAAGAGCUACAAGCCUCCUGCUGGAUGCUGCCCCUCCGUACCACCCCAGUGCACUUGCAACUUCCGUGCCUGCCACAAGCCCCAGUGCCCGAGCGGACAGCACCCUGUUUCACUUGGGCAAGCCAGCGGUCAACCAGGAGACUGCUGUGAUGUCUUUGUGUGUCAGAAAGUCUCUCCCAAGUGUGUUCACAAUGGGAAAGAGUACUCUGAGGGAGAAGUGUACCGCAUGGACCCGUGCUGGCUGUGUCAGUGCCGGGGAGGAAUCUCCUUCUGCUCCAAGGCAGAGUGUGCUGAGCUGGACUGUGAAAACUUCUACAUUCCCGAGGGAGAGUGUUGCCCUGUCUGCAUAGAUGUGGAGUUACUGUCAAUGGAUAGUGCUGAGGCCAGCUGCUGGGUGAAUAAUAAGCUGCGAGCCCACGAGGAGCAGUGGAAAGAGGACGACUGCACCUUCUGCCAGUGUGUGGAUGGAGAACCGCACUGCACGGCCAUGGCCUGCAAACAGAGUUGCCAAAACCCCGUGAAGAUCCCCGGAGAAUGCUGUCCCUUCUGUGAAGAGCCUUCCUAUGAAACAGUAAGCCCCUUGCUGUGUCCUCCCCUGGAAAACUGCUCCCUGUCAGUGAAUGACUGCCCCUAUGGCUUCCAACAGGACAAAAAUGGAUGUCUUCUUUGCCAGUGUCUCAACAACGACUCCUGCCCGGACCUGGGAACGUACUGUUCCCUGCAGUGUCCAAGGGGAUAUGAGAGAGAUGAUUUUGGAUGUGAGGUGUGUGAGUGCACUGUCCCUAUUCCAAAGUGCCGACCUCUGACCUGCACUAAGACCUGCCCCUAUGGAUAUGUCAGGAACAAGCAUGGCUGCGAGAUGUGUCGCUGUGUCAAGUGUCCUCCCUUCACCUGCGACAAGCACUGCAUUAAUGGAUAUCAGCAGAACAGGAAGGGCUGCUCCAUCUGCAUGUGUAAAGAAAGCGGCCAUGUCCCAAGCACCACUGCCCCGGCACCGAUGCCCAACUAUUGCCUUACGUCCAAUGGGCAGAAAUACGAGGAAGGUGAGGGCUGGCACGAUGGCUGUCGCGACUGCUAUUGUCACUCCGGACGGGAGAUGUGUGUGCUCAUAUCCUGCCCAGUGCCCAGCUGUCUUCAUCCUGUUGUCAAGCCUAACCAGUGCUGUCCUACCUGUGAGGAUGACUCUGGCAGCGGUCAGCCAGAGGGGAUGGACAUGGUGGUGUGCAGAGCACCUGGGGGAGAGUUUUAUGUGGAGGGGGAAACCUGGAACCUAGACGAAUGCACACGCUGCACCUGCAGGAAGGGACGUGUCCUGUGUGACACCGAAGUGUGUCCCCCAGCUCUUUGUCAAGCACCAAUCAGGAACAAGGACACCUGCUGCCAUGUGUGCCCAGAAGAAACACCUUUGCUGCCAGUGAACAACAGCCAGCAGGAGUACUGCAUAACCAGCGAUGGAGACAUGCUGCUAGCUGGAGACUCCUGGAAAGCCAAUGCCUGCACCAGCUGCACCUGCAACAACGGCACUAUUCAGUGUUUCUCUCAGCGCUGUCCAGCUGCCAACUGCCGGGUGCCUGUUUUACGCAAGGGCCAGUGCUGCCCACACUGUCUCGAAAUGACAACAUCAGUGCCAGUGAUGGUGUCUACAAACGCCGCCAAGACGAGAGUCACCACGACAAUGGAGAGCGCAGAGUGGCUCACCACUGUCACUGUACCGCCUGUCAUUGCUGAUACAGAUGAGCCACAUUUGGGUGAGAAUUACCCCAGCCAAACAGAGAUGGCUCUCAUUUACCAAUCGGCUGCCUGGAUCCUGGCGGGUCUCCUCUUAGCCAUCGUGAUCUUUCUUAUUGUGGCGUUACUCAUCAACAAGAAGAAGAAGUGGGUGCAGAUGUCUUGCUACAGUGCACCAAAGAAGGCAGUGAUCCUGAAGAAGCAUGUCAACAAGAAUUCAGUGGUCUACAUGGAGCCUUCGAAAGAGAACAAAUUUCACAAUGUGAAGAACGACUGCGGCAUCAUUCACUUCUCUCCAGAAAUGAGCUCCCCCUGUACAGAAAAGAUGACCAUCCCCCGGGCUAAGCUGAGCAUGGGCAAUGACUGGACGCCAUGCUAAAAGAAAAACAAACCACCCCUCACACGCUGCAGAUCAGAGCUUUCUGGCACAUCCCACUUUCUUCUUUUGCAUCUAAGCUGGUUACUGUAACAGUACACACACCAUGGGCGCUGCCUUCUUUCCACCUUUCUCCGUGUGACAGUAAACACAAGGACGCUCUUCAAGACUAAGCAAGUUACCACUGCCUCUUAUAUCCUGUGUCCUUGUUCUUCUGUAUUUGAACGCUUGGGUGGAGGGACGUUCUGCAAGGUAGACGGACGGGUUGAAAUGUAAAGGACACAGCCACUCUUGGCUCUGCUUUAAUACAGAGGAGGAGGCAACCAGAGAGACUUCUCUGUCAAAAUGAGACUUUGACUGUGAACACUGUAAUAUAACUGCUUAUUAUUGCCUCCUUUGGAACUGGAACUUUGGGGCAAUAAGAGGAGCAUAAAAAGCUUUAGGACAGGGGUUUAGGCAGUAGAAUAAAAGGGGAAUAGGUGCUGCCCUCUUAAGCAGUGCUUCACAUGGAUGUAAUUACUGUUAUUAGCAGGGAGGCCAAAGGAACUGUUAAUCCAGUUGGAUCAAAUUGGGUUCUGCAGCCAAAUCAAAACAAGUCCGCAGGCUUUAUAUUGACUUCCAGAUCCAAACCCCUGCUUUAGAAUGUGUGGCUUCCAUCUAGUUUUUUGUUUGUAUAUUUCUAAAGUAUUUGUACUAGAUAUAGUGCUGUCCUUGCCCACCUUUUGCUUUUAGUGUGGGUGUCAGAGUGAAGCAUUUUAAAAAUGGAAGGCUAAAUACCACCCCCACCCCCAAUCCAGUACAACAAGGACAUGCAUCCCAAAUAACAGCCAUUAUUCCUGCCUGUAAAUGACAUACGUUAUUCCAGUCAAGAAUCUCUUACAACAAACUGUUUUUAUGCAAAAAUGAAACCCCAGGUUUGUGAAUCCAGCGUCUAGACUUGUCUUGAUUAUAGUAGCCAAUAGUAAUUUUGGCUCUUUCCAGAGGAAUCUGCCAGUCCAGCUUGUUUCAUCUAAAAAAAAAUCUGUGAUCUUCAUCCAGUGAGAAUGUUAUUUUACUCAUAGCAGGUGAGACAAAACGGUGCCAGACGUUGAUCUGGGCCUAUAAGGAAUGUCUUUGAUACCAUGCCUCGCUUCCCAUCUUCAUCCAUGGCUGUGUGUGUGGGUGUGUGUGUGGCUACUGUUCAUACAUGCCAUUGAUUGUUAGUAGUAAUUCUUUUAAAAGCCUUAAUUCUGUAGCCUUAAUUUUCUUCAUUGGUGUCUUGUACUUGGUUAACAACCAUAAGCCCAUAUCAGGGGAUAAAAACUUCACCCAUUAUUAUUAAGAUUAAGAGAUUGUGCUGUGCUGUUCUCAUUAGCUCUUCAAAUAAAAGGAAAUGAUGUGAUUUGUAAGGGUAUAAGGGCAGCUUGCUAGCAUCUGUACACAGUGGUACAUGUUACAACAUUGGAGCGUAUUAGAAACGUAGCACUUUUCUUUGGAGCCAGUGUUUUAGAAAGCCCACUGCAGGAUUCUUGGAGGGAUAAAGGCCCUAAUCAGGGAUUUGAUAGGCAUAUUAAGCACAUGGAGAUGUUAAACCACUCAAGCGAGCAUGCUGUUGCAGCUAGAUUCUCCACAUCAGUACUGGGUAGGACAGAAUCAGAGAAGUGUUAUGAAAUAUGUUGGGGUUUCGAAGCAAAAUGUUUUGGAUCAGAGUCCUCAAUCCAUAGCCAAUAAGUCAAUACAAAGACAAUUUCAAUGCCAAAAUUGGUUAGAGACCAAUUUUUUAUGUGUUUUAGUACCUGAGUAGAUGGUGUAUCCGUUUUAAUCAUGACUCUGUGCUUUAAAAUGAAGAGGUGACUGUAAAAGCUUACGCAAUUCUUUGUUCUUCUAUGUGUAAAAACAUCAAGGUAGUUUAAAAAAAAAAAAGUAGAGAAGAGUACCUUAUUUAUUUUUUCACAUAGCUUUAUUUAUUAAUACUUAACUAUAGUUUGAGAUUUUUUUUUUGAAAAAUGAGUUUUUAGUAGCCAAAGCUGCUGUACAUUGUAGAGCAUUUACCAUUUUUAUCUACCAUAUUCUAUACAACCUUAUUUAUUUUUCUGUGUUGAAAUCCUGUAAAUAUGUUUCUUAGGUGAUGAACUGUAACAUUUACACUUAUUUUGAAAAAUAAAUGUGUGAACCAAAGUGGCCCGCACUGAUGACAAUUAAACUAUGCUGGAGGA